AUGUGUUCACAAUCAUCAAAAAGUUGCAAGAGCUGCCAUCUAUCAAUAAACGAUACAAAGGCAUACAAACUUGGAACAGAUCAGUGGCAUGUUGAUUGCUUCAAAUGCUCUAAAUGUUCCAAAUCAUUAGGGGUUAAUUCUAAUUUUCUAGUCUUAGGUACGGGCGCAUUAGUAUGUUCUGAUUGUUCCUAUACCUGCAAGUCAUGCAAUAAAAAGAUCUACGACCUGGCGAUCUUGACGGGUGACUUAGCCUACUGCGCAGAUUGCUUCAUAUGUAAGUCAUGCCACAAACCAAUUGACGAUCUGAAAUAUGCCAGAACUUCAAAAGGUUUGUUUUGUAUGCCGUGCCAUCAUAUGUUAAUGGAAAAAAAGAAGAAAUACGAAAAGAUGAAGAAAUUGAAGGAGGCUAGAGAGAAGUCGUUAAAUAAAGCCAAGGAAUCAUUAAAUGAUAGAAACUUGAAAUCUAUAAUAACAAGCGAAAAGCUAAACAAUAGUACAAAUAUCCGGAGUAAUGUUAAAGAUGGCCACAUAAAUAAUAUGGAUAAUAUUAAGGAAGUCCCUAAAAUUACGGACUUACCUAAGCCUGAAGGCUUAGUUUCUCCAGAUUCAAAAUCGGAUUCUUCCACUCAAUCAUACCAGGGAUCGAUAGUUUCAAGCUUUGAUUUUGAUGAUUACGCAUUAGACAGUAAUGAUUCAAAGGCAUCUGGAUCCUCAGUGUAUGUUAACGAGCAACCGGCAGAGACAGAAAAGGCUAGUGUGGAAAGAAUGACCUCAAGCCCAGUUUUGAAAGUUGAAGUUAGGAAAAGAGAUGAAACUUACAUAGAUGCAAAUGAUGCUAUUCUUAAGACUCCAACUUUGAAACAUAACGAAUCCAAUAACUCGACUCCAAAGGCAAUACCUAUUCAGAAAUCCAGCUUUAAUGAAGAUAUGAAUAGAUUUUCGUUUUUACAUUCUGAAGAAAGUAAUCCUGAUAUUCUGAUUCCUUUAAGAUCACCCCAAAGAACGAAUGUAUCCCCGGUGAAAAGCACCGCACAGUUCCGGACGCCCGAAUUGGAAACCCCAAAGAAGAAUCCAAUACCUAUUGAGCUGACAUCUCCAGGAAGCUUACAUAGGAAAGCUCAUGUUAUUGAUACUGAAAUUGCCACAGAAGAAUUAGAGAAGGAACCUGAAAGUUUUAUCCAUUUAGAUGAGACUGAAGAGGAAAGCAUGUUCAGUCAUGAAAGUGAAGCUCACAAUAAUGGAGAUGUAGAUGAUUUGAGCAAUGAGAAUAAACUACUGAGCCCUAUAAAAUAUAAUUUUGGUCAUUCGUCUGAAAACACAGGUUUGAAUAUUCCAGGUUUGGAUCCAAAAUUAGCAACCAGAUCUGAGGUGAUUCAACAAAUAAAUCAUAAAAAAGUCGAGCGUAUGAGCUCUAAUGAUCCUUCGAUAGCCAUGUCUACCCCAGAGCAAUCUUCGAGUCCUACUUUUGAUACACCAAAUUCAAGGAAGAAGCCUUUAUCCGGGGGGUUGGGUCGCUCAUUGACUAAGGUGUUUGGGCGUGGUAAGAAAUCUGAUGAGAAUACCCCUAUUGACCAGCACUUAACACCAGAAACUAUUGUCUCCAGAAAGUCAUCAAUUACAGUAGCUAAUAAUACCCAGAGGAGGCACGAACGGACCACAUCGGAUCAAUCGUUUGUUGCAUUCAGCACCCCUCCAAUACCACGGAUUAGAUCUCAUCAAAGAUCAAUUUCUGAGACUACUAAUUUUGAAGGCGUCGAUCAAGUAACAUCUAGUGAACGUGAAUUAAAUCACCUAAAAGUGGAAAUCAACUCUUUGACACUGGUGAAGGCUACGCUUGUACGAGACAUUCAGAAUUUAAAGACCCAAUUACAAUCUCUAGAACUUGACGUGUCUCAAAGGCAAAAGAUGAUUAGAGAUUUGGACAAUACUAUAUUGGCAAAACAAAAGCUGUCAUCACAUGAAGACCUAACACCCUCUACGAAAUCAGCGUCUUCCAAGCAGAACUCAUCCAAGGAUGAACUAAUAAAUCCAGCGGUUUCGGAACGUCAUGCGUUGGAGGAGGAAAUUAAGCCGCCUUCGUCGACUUCCUCUAAUGCGCAGUCUUCACAACCACCAUCAUCUACGACCACCAAAGAUAAACGAGGAUUUAUGAGAAGAAUUUUUGGCAACCAUUCUGGCCAAAAUAGCGCCACUAGUGGUCCAAACACUGCAGCAAACACGCCUUCAGUAAGUAAUAUCGGGCAACCGAUGAACCCACGUUAUAAUGAUGAGAACUUCUUUGAUCAUCCUAAGAAUGUGUCAAAUGAGAAUUUGAACAAUGGAAUGAAGUCAUCUAGAUCUGCCAACUUUAUGCAGUGGAGAAACGGAGUCAAUGGUAGUACAAACGGAAAACCAAUGUUAAAUAACAGCAGUAGCAAUGGAGGAGAAAAAAAUAACGAGAACUUAUUGUACUCAAUGACACUUCAAGAACUGGCCGAUUCUGAAGGUAAUGUUGGUGUUCCAUUUAUUGUGAAGACAUGUAUAAUAGAGACUGAGCGUCGUGGUAUUAAAGUUGAAGGUAUUUAUCGUAUCAGUGCGUCCUCGUCCUCUAUUGAAAAGCUAGAGCAACUAUUUGAAUGUUUGGAUGUGAACAAUCUGGCAGAUAUUAAUAAGAUGCGUUCAAUUGUUGAGAAUGGAGAUAUUCAUGCAAUGGCUGGAUUACUAAAACGUUAUUUAAAGAAGAUACCUGAUUCUAUCAUACCGGAAUCAUUAUAUGAUCGAUAUGUUGCGAUAUCCAAAAUUGAGAAUGAGUCAGCUAAGCUGGAGGCAUUAUCAAAUAUUUUGCUUGAUCUGCCAAAUGCCAACAGAGUUACCCUAUUGAUGAUCACCAAGCAUCUAGCAUUAGUUGCAAAGAAUGAGAAAUGGAAUAAAAUGAACAGUAAAACGUUGGCAACAGUUUUUGCUCCUACUUUAGCAAGAAACGAGUCCAUCCAUCCACAACAAGAAAUCCAGGAUAACAGAGCCAAGACCCUAGUUACCGAGUUAUUAUUUAGAAAUUAUGAAGCACUCUUUUAG